GUUUUCACGAAGUAUUGCAGUGUUGUGCAGAUCCUCAUCUCCCCCGAGUUGCUGUGUUUUUCAUGUGUCUCAGAACUGCUCCCAUGUACAACGUUUUCUGUCACGCGCGUGCGUGAAAGCCAGCUGAUGUCAUGUGACCGAGCUGUGGUGACGUAUGCGGAAGUAGUUGCACCGGCCACGCUAUAACACCCGGACCCUCGGGCAGCUAAACGUUUUGUUGAGAGCAGAAGAAAUGUCCACCUUUCCAAGGAUUUCUCUGAAGCCUGAAGUGACCGAAUAUCUUAAGAGUGUCUUCUUAAACACGGAGGUGUUAGCUGCAGUGGGUCAUCAGGAGGCAGAAACCCGCUUCCACAAGCUGCUCGCGUGUCUGUCACACCCCCCUUCAUACACUUGUGUGCGGGCCAGCACUCACCUCGCCUCCCUGGAGGAGAUCAGACACAAGUUGGGAGAAGAGCUGAAAAAGCAGGUGUGCAGCUCGUCAGCAGAGGAGGUCUCCCUUCAGAUUCUUCCUCACCCGCGAAUUCCAGAUGUGCUGCUCCUUCCUGUCGAUGGCCCGAGACCUGUGAGGCAGGUCAGCUCAGAGGUGGUGGUCGGCGCUCAGUGCGGCAGCGCCGUACUGAGAGGUGCUCAUGUCUUUGCCCCGGGGAUCCUCGCCAGCCCCAAGCACAUGAAGGCUGGAGAUGUAGUUUCUGUCUUCUCGGACUUGGAGGGAAAGUGCACCCGAGGAGCCACGAGCUUCCAGGGGAAGAGAGUGUUUGUGGGAAAUGGAAUUGCUGAAAUGGGCCGCUCCAGCCUCUUCUGCACAGAUGAGCCUGCCAAAGGUAUCGGUGUUCGGAUGGUAGAGCCACUUUACCGGAGUCCUUCCUUUGAUGGUGUUCUUCCCAACCUGGCAUUCCUACAGAACCUCCCCUCUGUGGUUGUGGGACACGUGCUCGGGCCCUGUCCCGGAGAACGUAUCCUGGAUAUGUGUGCUGCACCUGGAGGGAAGACCUGCCACAUCGCUGCGGUCAUGGGGGAUCAGGGUGAGGUUGUGGCCUUGGACAGGAUCCGAAACAAGAUCGAUCGAAUUCGUCAAAAUGCACAAAUGUUGCAUUUGCGUAGCAUCAAAGCUUAUUGCUUUAACAGCACUCAGGCUGUGAGCAGUGACGCGGCGCACGAAACUGAAGGACCUCCCUUCCCUCCUGAGAGUUUUGACCGGGUUUUGUUGGAUGCUCCCUGUAGUGGCCUCGGACAGAGACCCAACAUGGCCAGCACCUGGAGCCUCAAGGAGAUUUGUUCCUACCAGCCUCUGCAGCGCAAGUUAUUUCAUGCUGCGGUGCGGUUAUUAAAGAAAGGCGGGGUUCUGGUGUACAGCACCUGCACAGUGACUCUAGCAGAGAAUGAGGAGCAGGUAGCCUGGGCCCUCGAUACCUUUCCCUGCCUCACGCUCCAGCCGCAGGAACCUCACAUUGGCACAGAAGGCAUGCUGGGAGCUGGCCUGUCAACUGAGCAGCUGCGCCUCCUCCAGAGGUUCAGUCCUGAGCUGAUCUGGGACCAGACAGAAACGACAGAUCCCCUCCGCUGCAGAGCCGACAGGGACACCAUUGGCUUCUUUAUUGCCAAGUUCUUGAAAAACUGACCAGAGGGCAUGUUUUCUCUUACAGCCCUCACACGAGACUGCAGACGGGAACAAUUCUGUUUAUAUUACGUCACUCUGUGUGCUUUGACGGGGCCAGUGUUGACAAAGACGCACACUGCGCUGUUUACAGCAUCUGCCUCUUAACAGCUGCUCUCUAAAACUGCGGGCCAUAUAGGGAUAAGCUUUAUAAACACCAAGAGCCAGAGAUAGAGAGGGGAGAGGGAGGGUGGGGGCACGUGGGGAUGGAGACUGAAUGAGUAUCGGCAAAUGCAGCAGUGCUAGCAUCACCAUGACAACAGUGACGACAAAGCUGCCAUGGUGACAGUGGAUUCGCUGGAUCUGAGAGCGUGGAUCAGGAAGUAGCGUGCAGAAAGAGGUCAUGAGAGGUAUUAACAAUUUAGUGUCUCUUAGCAGUGGUGGAGACAAGUGGGGCCUCUAAUUAGAACUUCUGCUGCUUGUAAGAGGGAAAUGAUGCUGCUUUCUGCCUCUGAAUCAGUGCAGUCACUUUUUUUCUCUUCAAGUCUAUCAUAUAUUAAGCAGUUGUCUAAAUACAAAUUCCAAUACUCCCCAAUAAUUUAAGACAUUUUAAGUGUUUAUUAAUGCACAAUAUUUGUCAAAAAUUAUAAUGCCUCCUGUGAAGUCAUAUUUUCUAUUAUUACAACUGUGUUUUACUAUAUUGUUUUGAUUAUCUGUUUAUACAGCAGCCUCCACUUAUGGGUGCCCACAGGAGAAGUUAGUUGUUUACAAAUACACUAACACAUUUCUAUUUACAGGACAACUACAUUAUAUUGUUAUAUAUUCUUUAGUACUUGAAUGAAAGCAAAGUGUUGCCACUAGUUUAUUCAGUGCAAAAUGAAUUGUGUGUCCCCGUUAAAUCUGCACACAGUGUCAUUUCUGGAUUCGUGCCUACAGUGCAAAAACAUCUGGCCCAUUCGCCUGUCAUGCAGCGUUUUGAGAACUUUCACAGUGACCUCAGCUCAAUCCCUCUUCCUGGGAAUACCAUUAAACUCAUCAGUCCAUCCACACAUCUGUCUGGAAGUGCCAGCAGACUGCGCCUCACUUGCUGCGUGUGUGCAUUUCAUCGUACGUUCACUGUAUGUAGUGAUAGACUGCUGAUUAAAAUGGCUGCUCUGUCCAACGCAGCACUGAAGGUUAAGAGGAAUUUUUUUUUUUUUAAUUGUUUUAACAACAUUACAAUUCUCUGGGAGUGCAUGUUUGUCUAUUUUGGAGGCAUCUGUGUGUGGAGAAGCAGCUUCGUAUUUUAGAUGCAUUCCCUCGGUAUUGUCAUUCACGUAGAUGUUGUCAUGACGACUCAGGAGGCAGGCCAGCGAGUCUACUUCUAUUUUUCAGUAGAGUUUCAGAUGACUAUUUAUAGGCACCGUUUCCCUCCACUGUCUGGGUGUUCUGACAAAGCACACGUCAAAUUCCUCUCCCCCCUUGGCAGUCCUUUGUUGCCAACUUUAUUCUUUAUAUUUAUGCAUUAUGUACAUACACCUGUACACUGUUAAAAAAAAUUCUGUAGUGCUACCAGUGUAGCAUAUAAAUGGAGUUUUUAUAAUUACAAUUGUCAGGCAAAACCAAAGAAAGUGAGGGGAAGGGGUUGGUGGUUUUGUAAACAGAGGGGCUUGGACUCCAAUUUGGCUCAAUUCAGAUUUACUGUAUCAUGAAUUCAUACAUGAUAUCUGUGAAAAUAUGAGAUUAACGUCCUCGAUUCUUUAUUGAGCUUAAAGUUCAGGUGUUGGACCCUCUUAAACCAUCAAACACCAUCACUCUGCCUUAAAUAGAUCCUUUGCAUUAGUCAGGCGAGUGAGAAAAUGGCAAAAAUACUGAAAACUUAACCAUCUUCCUCUGGUUAACAAUUGAUAUAGUUUGAAUUUGUUUUGCAAAUGUGUCUUAUCUUUUUUUAGUGAGGAACAUACUAAAGAAAUAUCCUACAAUGAACAUUCUUGUAUACUGUGAAAUGGGUAUUAAAGUGGGAGUUAAACAACAUUCAUUAGAAAAGAGAUCAGACUUAAUAAAAGAUGAACCUUCAUGGAGUUUUGGUAGUACACCUACAGUAAGUUGCAAUGUCAUAUCAAAUUGCUUUUACACGAAACCAAUGUGAACCAGUAAAAGUGCAGGAGAAAAGGGUGUUUCAGUGUUAUAAAAUGUUUCUGGACCCAUACAAAGAGAACAGUACUGCAUGUAAGAGAGGAAGUUACUGUAGAACUCGUUUGUCUUGUAAGGCAUGACUAAGGUGCACCUCGAAGGAGGCAUAAAUAUGUUAGAACCAAAUGUCUAAAACCAGGGGAGGCAGAAUUAAAAAAAAAAAA